GCCGAACAUAAACCUAGAAAUUGAAAAAAAGGAGAGGGCAUGAAAAAUAACAGAAUUUUUUUGUUUAUUUUUUCUGUUUUGUAUAAUUAUGCCUUGACUCAGCCUCAGUUGCUCGAAAAGUUUGUAUUUAGAUUUGCGGUUAAUUUCAUGUCUUUUGCUCUGUAAAUUGUGUAGUUUCAUUAAUUAUUUCAGAAUGUCUAUUUAUUAUAUUAAUGAAAACAAGCAAGGUAUCACUAUGACAUGAUAUGUGAAGAUACUUCCUGAUCUUACUACCCAACUACUAUGAUUUAUUAGCAACUCUCAACAAAUAUUGAAAUUUUGAUGUACAAAAAGCCUCAUUGAAAAUGACUCGAGUUAUCAACAAUGAUUAUUACAUUGCCUUGGAAUGCAAGGAUCUGCAAGCGAAUGCCAUGUCUCUGGACUGCACAGGGACUUAUGCACUAUUGGCCGGCCGCAGAUGGAUUGCCCUAAGGAAUUUAGAUGAAGAGUACGAAAAUGUUUUCAAAAUUCCAAGAACUAGCAAAUAUGAAGUUAGUGCUGUUGAGUGGAAUCCGACAGCUCACAAUAAACAAUUGUGUGCUAUAGCGAUAAAUGAAAAGUUGGAAAUUUUACACUGGAGAGAAGAAUCUUUAUCGGUAUCACACUCGCUUCGCGCCCAUACUAGAUCAAUUUCAGGUUUGAAUUGGCAUAAGUUUGACCCAAACAUAUUAGCAACUUCAUCGGUGGAUACUUUUGUCAACGUGUGGGAUAUAAGAGAACUUAGGAAAGCAACAUUGUCCUUGUCAAACGUAGCCGAAUGUUCUCAAGUUAGAUGGAAUAAAGUAUCUCCGAACUUAUUUGCCACUGCUCAUGAUGGAGAUAUUAAAAUAUGGGAUCAGAGGAAAUACACUUAUCCGCUUCAAUACAUUACCGCGCAUACCUCUAAAAUUUAUGGGUUGGAUUGGAGUCCCCAUAUUGAAAAUCAAAUUACGUCAGCCAGUCAAGAUAAUAGUGUGAAAUUUUUUGAUACCUCAAAUCCAAGAAAAGCUGAUUUUGUUAUCAGUACGGGAUCGCCUGUGUGGAGAGCAAGAUAUACUCCAUUUGGUAAUGGCAUUAUAACAGUGGUGGUACCUCAGCUUCGCCGUGGCGGUGAAAACAGUUUGCUACUGUGGAACAUUGGAAACACUGCCGCACCAAUGCACACUUUUGUCGGUCACAGAGACGUCGUUUUAGAAUUCCAUUGGCGACCGCAGCGACAGGACAAUACAAAUUUCCAAUUGGUUACUUGGUCGAAAGACCAGACACUUUUAGUUUGGAGAAUUGAACCUUUCUUGCAAAAACUGUGCGGAUAUGAACCGGACGAUUUGAGCCUGUACAAUGAAAAUUGUUCAGUUGUAGGUGGCGAUGACACAACUAGCACAAUAUCUUCAAGAAAAAUAUCGAAAAUCCAACCACUUCAACAAGAAUUUUCCUUGUUAAACGUCCACAUACCUAAUUUAGAAGUGAAAAGUAUGGAUUCGACAAGUCGAAUUGCCUUGGUCACAGUAAGAAUCAACAAAUUCACAGUCAACAUGCAAGCUACUUUUCCGAACGCUUACCCCCACGGAGUACCACCGGCAUUUCAAAUAAUGCCCGAUUCAAAUCUUACCGACAUGAUGGGUAUUCAGUUGCUUCAAACUUUAGGUCACCUGGCGCAACAAAGAGUUUCAAAAAAUCGAACUUGUUUGGAACCUUGCCUGAGACAAAUGGUUACUACUAUGGAACAGUUGGCAGCUGAUUUGGAGAGUGACCGGUCUUUCGAGCGAGUCUAUGCGGAAGCCAGUACUAUUGGAGGUUAUAAGGAUGCCUAUAUACCGUUUCCCAGGACGUCAGGGGCGAAAUUUUGUUCGGUCAAUACGCUGGUGUGCUUUGCACGGCCGCUUUUGACCAAACGAGUGGGAGCCAAAGGUGAUUCUGGUACCCCCAGAGCUUUGUCAGCUUUGGAAGCGAUUAUUGCUAAAAGGUCGUCAGAUCAAAUGACUGUUUCUGCUUAUUAUUUCCAGAAGCAAAAACAAAGAUCGCGUUCAAAGCAUAACCUGUCCAAAAUCGCCAAUAAAGCAAUGGUUCAUGUAUACGACGGGACUGGUUUGUUUUUGAUAAAUCGUCAACUGGCCGAAGAAUACAUUUUGGAUGGAGAUGUAGCGACUAUUUGCAAGCACAACGCAGCGGCUGCCGCUGUUAUCGGCAGAAGGGACUUAGUCCAGGCUUGGACUAUAGUGGAACUGACUCUGACCCAACCCCAGAACGAUGAUGUUGCUGCAUGGGCUUCUCAUCCUUGUGGCGAUAAUCUGAUUACAUCAUUAAUCAGACAUUAUGCCUCCGAAUCAGACCUGCAAAUGGCUGCAAUGCUAUGCUGCAUAUUUGGGAAACAUCAAGAGAACUCACUCAGACAGGCAUCCUUGAAAUCCAUACUUUGUCCAAUGCAACUAGGUCCUCGCAAACGAUGGUUUAAGCACAAUCACCGACUAUUAUUCAAGACAGGAGGAUCUCCGUACCACACCAUUCCACCCGCUGACAUAAUAGCUGAAGGAUGGGUCUUGCCGAUACUGAAAAGUACCAGAUCAACGUCUCUGGAUAAUAUCAGAGUUGAAGAAAUCGUAGUUCCUCCCAGCCCCAUAAAGAUUCCUUAUGUGGCCCUUUACGAGUAUUACAAAAUGGCUUAUGCGGAAACUUUACAUAGAUGGGGACUUCUGUAUAAUAGAACAGAAGUAAUGAAAUUUAUGACCAUCCAACCGGAACCCUACAAAGGAGUUGAAUGUAUACCUGAUUGCCAAACUUGUCAAACUCCGAUAAAAAAUUCAGUUUGCACUAGUUGUAAAAGGAUAGCUUUUCGAUGCGUUAUUUGCAACACAGCGGCAAAAGCUUCGGUCAAUUGUUGCUUAAUUUGCGGUCACGGUGGUCAUACCGAUCACUUGGAACAAUGGUUCGAGAGACAUAGUUUUUGUCCUUUGUGCGGGUGUCAGUGCUUGAUGGAAACGUCUCAUAUAUUAGCUCACAUUGAAGCUUAAAUGAAAGGAGAAUUUCGAAUUUACAAAGAACUGAGCAAAUGCCAAAUAUUGGCUAGAAAAUAUCUCCAAUUGGAGGAAUGCGAAGUAAAUUAAAUUGAGCCUGGGUAAGACUAGGCUGGUCACUAGCCCAAGCUAGCCUCUGUCAUUGUCACAACAUCAGAAGUCGCCUUAUUGUAUUAUUUCUGAUCAAUUCUUUGAAAAAAAUUAGAGACCAUUUUUUUUCUGUGAAGCAAGUAUUCUUCAAGUUGUAACUUGAAAAAGUAUAGGGCGAAAGCUGUUUGGGUAAAUUGUUUAAAAAACAAUCCAAUUGUCCUAAUUGUUACAAUAAAAAAUGUAGGUCACCUUUUUAAAUCAAUUACAUUGAAGAAAAAAAUUACAAUAGGCGGAGUGGAAGAAAAUAUCAUAUAAUUGAAAAUACAAUUAAACUCUAAAAUUUAUUUUAAGGAUGAACUGCUCACUUGGGGCCACCAAGGACAUUCACAUUUACCCCUAUAUUUUAGAAAAAUUUCGAGAAAUGUGGCAAUGUAACAUAAUCAUUUUAUCAUACAUAGGUAUUAUAUUAUGAUGUUACUGAUUUGUUCUCUUUGGAAAUUUCUUUUAUAUUCUCUUUUUUCUCCAAACGUCAGAAAAACGUCACUUUGUUAACCCCUGUCAAGAUGUCAGAAAUUUGAUUUCUAUGCUGCUAGGCAAAAUUAGCGGGUUUACACCUGUCGAGGUGGUAGAAAUUUAAUUUCUAUGCUGCUUGGCAACCCCAGCGGCAGUAGAAGUACUUUUAGUGCCGCUCGUACUUUCAAUGCCGCUUAACCAUUUACUUGCCCCCGCGCUCACCUUAUUCGUUUGGAGAAAAAAUAGCGUGUUGCAUACGGAGUAGAAGCACUUUGUUGUGCUUCAGCAGUAUUGCAAGCCUCACUACGUUCGGCUCGCAAACCUACCGCUUCAGCACAAAAAAGUAAAGCUUCUACUCCUAAUACAACAAUAUACUAUUAUUUGCUCUAUCAAAUUUCCAUUACACCUAUUUGGGUUCUUUUCAAGUUUGGUUUUUUGGUUUUGAAAAGUGACAUUUAGAUAAUCAAAAACUACUUCAGAAUGAAUGAAUUUUAUGAUAUACGUAAGUACAAAAAGUGGUUUCUUUAAUACAGGAUGUCCCAGCCAACUUAUCUCUCUAAUAUGUUAAUUUUUCUUCUAAUAAUUUUGGAAAUAUUUGGAGUUUAUCCGUUCACAAUCCGAUGUUCACAGGUACAGGUACAAUUUAUCACCUUUCAAUGCUAAUUGAUAGGGAAAGGUGAUACAUUUACCUGCACCUGUGGACAUCGGAUUGUGAACAGGAUAUAUCAGAAUGUUUUGUUACAGGUGACAGGUAAAUCAAGGUAAAAUAUAUCCAAAAAACUAUUGUCUUUGUAUAACUAAACUCCAGAUAUUUCCAAAACUGUUGAAAGAAACAUCAACAUGUUAUAUAAAUUCUGAAUCAGAAAAACGAGAACUUUAAGAUAUUGAAAGAAAAUAGAGGGCAUUUCAUUUAAAAAAAGCGAACAGCGACAUAUUUUUCUACUUUGCGUUGCCCAUUUGAUCAAUUUAAUUGAAAAUUCUGGCGGUUCAGAUAAAAUGCUACAACUUUCGUAUUUACACCUUUUACCUAUCACCUGUAAUUAUGGCUGCAGGCGGGUUUCAAAAUAUGGUGACUCACUCUGUACAGGGUGGCCAUUUUCGAUGUUUUAAUAGGCUAUAUCGAAAACCAGCAGAGAUAUCAAAAAUCUGGGAGCACAUUCUCGAGCUCUUUUUUUGAGAAAAUAACAAUGGCGAAGACAAAUCACGUUGGAAUAUUGAUCAAAGUUGUGUUUUUUUAAAUGGGACACCUCGUAUAUUAGUUUUUUUAUUGAAUAGCUCUUUGUGAGCUCAUUUCAAUGGUAUGAAGUUUUAUACCUUUACCUUCUAUAGUUUUGGAGAGAAAAAAAUUAAUUCCGUUUUUCCAUAAGAAACAAUGAGCUAGAGAGAGAUGAGUCAUUAAAUAAAUUAUGUGUUGCCUAUUUAUCACCCCCGAUCAUAGUUCAAAUUUUAAAAAAAAUUAGCUGAACUGAAAAAUUAAAUUAAGAAUUAAGAAAUUUGUAGCCAAUUCAUAGUUUAACUUUCUCUUUCUAACUCAUUGGUUCUUAUGGAAAAAACGGAAUUUAUUUAUUUUUUCCAAAACUAUUGAUGGUGAAAGUAUAAAACCUUAUAUCAUUGAAAUCAGCUUACAAAGAGCUAUUCAAUGAAAAAAAAAAAAAUAUACGGGGUGUCCCAUAAAAAAAAACACAACUUUGGUCAAUAUUCCAAAAUCAGAGGCAUCUGGAGAAAAAUUGGUUAUGCCACUGGAUUCUCCUUGAAAAACUGCCUAUAGAAAGUAUUUUUCGUUUUUUGAUAUUUGGAAUAAUAAGGAAAUUAGAGUGUCUUUUAAAAUUGGACAAAAUUUGAAAAGUGCCCUGUAUUUCCUAAACGCAUCAAGUUAGCAGUGAUUUGUCUUCGCCAUUGUUAUUUUCUCAAAAAAAGAGCUCGAGAAUGUGCUCCCAGAUUUUUGAUAUCUGGUUUUCGAUAUAGCCUAUUAAAACAUCGAAAAGGGGCCACCCUGUACAGGGUGAGUCAUUUUGGGUGGGAAUGCCGGGUACAGCCUAAACGGUAAUAGAUACAAAAAAUCUAAUAUACGUGUCGCGAUCUAUUUUUCUGAUUAUAGUUCAAUGGACCACUCAGAAUUUCUCGGACUUCUUUUGUUUUCGAUAUACAGGGGUUUUUUGGAAAAUAGCUGAUUUCUGUUUUCCUCUGUAUCUUAGUUAUUAUCAAAAAUUUUAAAAAAUGUUAAAUUACGUUUUUGUGUGUUUUUUACGUAGAAUCCAGUGGUGUACUCAGAUUUUUUUUAGGGGUAAUAUUUUCUGAGAUAUGGUCCAAAUUUUAACUUUUUUAAACGGGACACCCUAUAUAUUUUUUCAUCGUCAAAUUGAAUAUUUUUUUGUGAUUGUAACGAUAUAUAACACUUCAUAGUUUUAAUAAUUUUAACUAUCAAAAACGCGAAAAAACUAUAUUUUUGGGGUAUUUUAGCUAAGUUGUUCCUCAGAUUUAGCGAUCCCAGACAUAAACGUGGCCAGUGGCGUAGCCAAACCAAACGUGGACGUCGGCGACAUCCGAAUUGCGAGGCCCUUUUUAUGUAGGGUGGGGUGGCCAUAGGAUUUCUCGAGACAAAAAGCAGGGACGGUUAGCUGAAGGAUACCCGAUACCCGCCGAAGGCGAGAAUUUUUUGAGUGUCACGCCCCUGCCUCCGAGCAGUUAUUUUACAUAGUAUACUAUGUAGAGAACAUCGAGUCUAUAAGCUUCGCCUCCAAGCCUAGUCCAGCUUUGGUUCAGUAAUGGAGUGAAAC